AUGCCUCCUCGUCGCAAACCAACCUCAACUCGACAGAAGAAGGCAGAUCAGCAGUUAAAGCGCGCCAUAAAGCGUGGUGAUGUGCCUCCUCCAGAAGUCAAGAAGACUGCAAACCGUCAUCACAAGCGGCGGAUUGGACCUACUGGACAACAAAUCGGCUCUACCGACACCGCAGCCAUUGAAUCUGCCCGCAAAUUGCAAUCUGCUUUCGUCAAGCUUCCUCCAGGCUUCUUAGAGGAAACCAAAGUUCUCGCGUCGAAUCUGGCUCUACCUCGUCCCAUCGCCGACGAAAAGACUGUCUUUCAUUGGGCCGAUCGCGAUGAUGAUCCAAACCUCGAGGUUUUAUCUUGUCCCAAGAGACCGAAGUGGCGGUUUGAUAUGUCCAAGAUAGAAGUGGAGCGCAACGAAGAGGGCGUUUUCACCAAAUGGCUUGCACAAACUGACCAGGCCAUAGAGAAAUGGCAGAAUCAGCAAGUACCGAACACCCCCGAUCAAGUCUGCAUGCCGCGUUCUACGUCUUAUUUUGAACGCAACCUUGAGGUGUGGCGACAACUGUGGCGCGUCUCUGAAAUAUCUCAGAUCAUCCUUGUUCUCCUUGAUUCCCGUUGCCCAAUCCUUCACUUUCCACCUUCACUGGCGGCUUAUCUGGCGGAUCGAAAAGUCAUACUCGUCUUGACCAAAGCUGAUAUUACCGGAACGGCGCGCGUGGAUGCUUGGAUCAAGUACAUUCACGACAAUUAUCCUAAUCUCCGAGUGGUCCAAGUUGAAUCCUACACUGAGAAGGAAGCUUCCUCGGAGCAGCAAGGGCGCGCUUUGUAUGAACCUUUCAUCCCGGAGCAUUUCCGCUCGAAACUGGUCCAAGUAAUCAAGGAAGUCCAUGAAGAAUUACUCGAACCGCCAGAGAGGGUGAAGAGUCAUCCCGAUCGGCUCAAGAAUUGGAUACCCCCAGUCAAAAGGGUUAUCGAUUGGGAUGGCGUGUUACAGGCGAAGGGAUCAAAGGUCGGACUCACUGUUGGAGGUGCUGCAGUUCCUCGUCCUCAGUCUCCUGAAGGCGAGCAGUCUGAGGACACUGAUCAUCGCCAGGAGCCCAGCUACCUCACAGUUGGAUUGAUAGGGCAGCCUAACGUUGGCAAAUCUUCUCUCUUGAAUGCGCUAUUUGGUGCCUGGAAGGUCCGUGCUUCUAAGACGCCAGGAAAGACAAAACAUUUUCAAACACUGUAUUGGACCGCAGACGUUCGUCUUGUUGAUUGCCCUGGACUUGUUAUGCCAAAUUAUGUGCCCAUGGAAAUGCAAGUCCUCUCGGGUAUCUUACCCAUCUCUCGAGUGUCCGCUGUACCUGCAUGCAUCUACCAUGCUUCGCAGUUCCUGCCCCUAGAACGGAUAUAUAACUUGGUGCAUCCUGCGACAAAAGUGCACCCCGUAGAAGAUAAGAGGACAUGGCGUGAAGGCAUGAAAACAGAGGAGACAAACAAGAAUUCCACUCCUCUCUCAUGGACUGCGAUGGACAUUCUCACUGCAUAUGCGGACGCCAAGGGCUGGGUGACUGCCAAAGCGGGAAGACCUGAUGUGCAUCGAGCAGGAAACGCCAUCCUCCGCGCCGUUGCAGAAGGAAGAAUUGGGUGGGCUUUCUGGCCACCUGGCACACCACUUGACCAAGUCGCCUCAGGAGGCGGUCCGGAGCAAGGGAUAUGGAUACCACGCGGCGAUGUUGCUGACGAAGAAACAGAACCAGAGAGCGACGGCGAGGUUGACGUUGGUGAAGGCCAGCACCAGGCUUUAUCCAAUGAAGAAGACAGCAUCGAGGAGGAUGACGAGGAAGAACUCGACGAUGUGCCUGACGCCGAAAUACCCCUUGGUGUUGGUAGAUUCGGAGCGUUGGCAAUUAGCGGAAACGAUGAAGAUGGCGACGAAUCGGAUAGUUCAACCUGA